AUGGCAUGUGCUAAGGCAGGUGCCGCCAAAGCAGGUAUCCCGCAGUACGAGUUCCUGCGACUUGAAGCUGGGGCUGAAAAGCUUUUUGUCAUGCCCGUUCCAUUCUUCAAUGUGCUUAAUGGAGGCGUUUAUUCGGGCAACAAGAUAGUAUUUCAGGAGACUUUGAUUGCUCCUUUCGGAGCGUCUUUAAUUGCAGAAGCGAGGUCGGAAUUAGAAAGUUCGACCCCUCUGGUAUGCGAGUUCCCCCAAAUCUCUUUAGGAAGAAUCCUAGUACUGAAUUUUAAUUUUAAGCUAUUAGGAGUAGUGAUGAGGGCGCCGCACGAGGCACUUGACCUCCUUAUCGCAGUAGUGUCUAAUGCUAGAUAUAUCGGAAAGAUCAAAUUAGCAAUCGACCCUACAUCCAGUGAAUUUUAUCAGGAAAGCAAAUACGAUAUCGGGUUUAAAGGCGCCUCCAACCCUUACAGCCCCACUCAGAUGAUACAACUAUAUCAAUCUUUACUUCAAAAUUAUCCUAUGAUUUUCCUCAAAGAUCUAUUCUCUAAGAAAUAUUAG